AUGAAGGCUGCAGUCAUCGGAGCAGGUCCUUCAGGACUAGUUACUCUGAAAUAUCUUGUUUCUGCUCACACUUUUCUCGGCACUGAGCCCAUUGAAACACUGUUAUUCGAGAGCGAAGACACCAUCGGCGGCACAUUUCAAGCCAGGAUCUAUGAAGAUACCGAGCUUGUCAGUUCUAAGCAGCUUACUUCCUUCUCAGACUUCCGUCUCCGUGACGAGGACCCCGACUUCGUCUCUGCCGAGCGCUACGUCAAGUAUCUCCACGAGUACUGCGACAAAUUCAAGCCUUGGUCCCAAAUCAAACUCUCCAUCACUGUGGUAUCGGUAAAGCCCAACAUCAAAGGCAAGGGUCAUACAAUUACGUAUUCAGCCAAAGGAACGGGGAAGCAAAAGAGUUGGACCUGUGAUGCGAUUUCAAUGUGCUCUGGCCUGCAUGUCACCCCUAACCUGCCCGAAAUCCCGGGGCUGGAGGACCAUGUGCCCUUGGUGAUGCAUUCAUCCCAGUUCAAAUCCCGCUCACAGUUUGGAACUAAUAAGACAGUCAUGGUGCUUGGAAGCGGCGAGACAGGAGCAGAUAUAGCGUACCUGGCCGUUACCUCACCCACCAAGCAGGUUGUGAUGUGCCACCGCAGUGGCUUCCAUUUUGCACCCAAGGUUGGUCCGCCAUGUUUGGAUUUUCCUGACACUCAAGAGCGCGGCAUUCCCGUUGGUAAGUGGUCUUUACUGACACUUCUCUUCGACACAGCCUAUGUCCACCCUCUGUUGCGCAACUCCAAUGCCCCCUGGACAUUCUACGACUGGUACGUCAAAGGAAUACUGUGGCUGAACACCGGAACUUCAGGAGGUCUCGACCAGAUUGUCGGAGAACCUUCCCCAGAGAAGAACCAUGUUAGCAAAAUUUUCUUCAAGAGCAGCAAAGCAUCUCCCUACAUCUCGUACCCCUAUCGUCUCAACUCCAAAAGAAGUCUUGUCGACCGCAUCCGCUCGGGUAUCAUCCAGUCGCCCGUACCUUCCACCAAUGGUCGACAGAUUGACUUGGCCCCUUGGCCCGAGUCAGUCUCCUCCGACGGAGAGAUACACUUUCAAGACAAUGGACGACCGGAGUUUCAGAGGGUCAAAGACGGGAAUAUCAAGCCCGACAUUGUCAUCUGCUUCACAGGCUACAAGCAAACCUUUCCUUUUCUGGACAGAGAUCACUACCCCACGGCAGAAGAGGCCGACGUGAGAAAAAUCUUGCACGACAGAGACCCAACAGUGGGAUUCAUCGGGUUCUUGAGACCAAGUCUAGGGGCGAUCCCGCCGUUGGCGGAGAUGCAGGCUCAGUUGUGGAUCCUGGGCAUCAUGGUUCCAGAGAGGGUGCAUGAGUUGAGGCCGGAGGAUGAGCCGCACUACAGGUUGUUACAUGGCAAGGAUAGCCGGAUCGGAUAUGGUAACGAUCAUGAGAGCUAUGUGUACCAGUUAGCAUUGGAUAUGAACUCCGCAGUUGGGUUCGCAGAGAUUGUCAAGAGGUCGGGGGAACGAAGGGAGUGGAGGUUGGCCAUUGCUUGGGCAUUGGGGACGAAUGUAAACCUUAAGUUUAAAAUUCGUGGACCUUGGAGAUGGGAUGGAGCAGAGCGUCUGUUGGAGACGGAAGUUUGGGAGACGAUUUGUCGAAGGCGAUGGCUCUUUGGUAAGAGUCUCCGGACUGCGGAGAACUUGACAUUGAAACUAACACCUGGUUUACAGAUCAUUUCUUAUUGUCUUUUCUCCCCAUGGCCAUAUUUGGUCCUUUGA